AGCUGCCAUCCUUUUGCUUUGGGAUGGAUGCUUUUAAUAACACUACCUCUUCGGACUAUUCUUCAGAGAAGGGGAAUGGGACCAAGUUCGAGGAGGUGACCCUCAGCUACCAGAUCCUCACCUCUUUCUUCUUGGGGGCACUGAUCCUGUGUGCCAUUUUUGGCAAUGCCUGUGUGGUCGCGGCUAUAGCCUUGGAAAGGACUCUUCAGACUGUGGCCAACUAUCUCAUAGGCUCCCUGGCGGUCACUGACUUGAUGGUCUCCGUCUUGGUGUUACCCAUGGCGGCUCACAACCAAGUUCUGAACAAGUGGACUCUGGGGCAGGUAACCUGUGAUAUUUUUAUUUCUUUAGACGUUUUGUGUUGUACCUCGUCCAUUCUCCAUCUGUGCGCUAUAGCUUUGGACAGAUACUGGGCGAUCACAGACCCCAUUGACUAUGUGAACAAGCGGACUCCUAGGCGAGCGGCCAUCCUCAUUAGUCUGACAUGGAUAGUGGGCUUCUCAAUCUCCAUCCCACCCAUGCUGGGUUGGAGGACAUCUGAAGAUAGGUCUGACCCUGAUGCUUGUAAGAUCAGUGAAGACCCAGGUUACACCAUCUACUCCACCUUUGGAGCCUUUUAUAUCCCCUUAAUUCUAAUGCUGAUAUUGUAUGGUAAGAUAUUUAAAGCGGCCAGGUUCAGGAUUCGUAAAACUGUUAAAAAAGCCGAGAAGAAGAAAGUGGCAGACACUUCCUUGACGGUGUCCCCAGGAACCAUCCAGAGGAAAAGCAAUGGGGAGCCCAGCAAGAACUGGAAGAGGAGUGUGGAGCCCAAACCCAACAACGCCUGCGUGAACGGGGCAGUCAGGCACAAUGAAGACGGGGCUGCCCUGGAGGUCAUUGAGGUCCAUCAGUAUGCCAACACGAAGAACCACCUUUCGCUGCCAAACCAUUCCAGUGACAACCCAUCUCUUCCCUGCUUCGAGAAGAAGAAUGACAAGAGCGCAGAUGCCAAGAGGAAGGUGGCACUGGCCAGGGAGAGGAAAACGGUGAAAACUUUAGGUAUCAUCAUGGGCACUUUCAUAUUUUGCUGGUUGCCAUUCUUCAUCGUUGCCCUGGUUUUGCCGUUCUGUGAAUCCUGCUACAUGCCACACUUGCUGUUCGAUGUCAUCAACUGGCUAGGCUAUUCAAACUCUCUCCUUAACCCUAUUAUUUAUGCUUAUUUUAAUAAAGAUUUCCAAAGUGCUUUUAAGAAAAUCAUCAAGUGCAAAUUCUGUAGACAGUGAAGAUGAUCCUGUUUUCUCUUGCCUGCCUUGUGCCCAUUACAAAUGCCCUUAUUUAAUGCUUGUUCCCU